GAAUAUUAUUGGAAUGGCAGUAACUGGUGAAAAUGGCGACAAGUAGUGGAAGGUGUAGCGUCGAGCCGCCACUUUACGGGCCUCACAGUGGACAGGACCCCAUUAAGGCAUUAUAUCCCAUGGUGAAUGAAGACGAGACACCUCUUCCCAGAUGCUGGAGUAGUAAAGACAAAUACAGUUUCAUUGGUUUAUCACAAAAUAAUCUCAGAGUUCACUAUAAGGGGCACGGCAAGAAUCACAAAGAUGCAGCUAGUGUCCGUGCCACGAAUCCAAUACCUGCUGCAUGUGGUCUCUAUUAUUAUGAGGUCAAAAUCGUCAGUAAAGGCAGAGAUGGGUAUAUGGGUAUUGGCCUCUCAUCACAAGGUGUCAAUAUGAACCGAUUACCAGGAUGGGACAAGAAUUCGUUUGGGUAUCACGGCGACGACGGGCAUUCUUUUUGUUCCUCGGGUAGCGGCCAUCCUUAUGGCCCCACCUUCACCACAGGGGAUGUAAUUGGCUGUGGUAUUAACCUUAUCGACAAUGUUUGUUUCUACACAAAAAAUGGCCAUUAUCUUGGUGUAGCAUUUACAGAUUUACCGGCACAAUUAUACCCAACAGUUGGGCUACAAACUCCGGGAGAAGUGGUAGAUGCAAAUUUUGGUCAGGCCCCAUUUGUUUUCGACAUUGGAGAGAUGAUGCGAGAGUUGCAGUGCCGCGUGCGGACAACAAUCCAAAACUUCCCUGUCCCAGACACCUACGGACAGUGGCAAACUAUGCUCCAUAGAAUGGUGUCAACGUACCUUGUCCAUCAUGGCUAUUGUGCCACAGCAGAAGCCUUUGCCAGAUCCACUAGUCAAGAUUUUGACGAGGAACUCACCUCUAUAAAAAAUAGACAAAAGAUCCAGAAGCUAGUAUUGGGAGGGCGCAUGGGUGAAGCUAUAGAAACAGUGCAACAGUUGUACCCUGGCUUAUUGGAGAACAAUCACAAUCUACUCUUUAUGUUGAAGGUGCGACAGUUUAUAGAAAUGGUAAAUGGUACAGAUACUGAAGUUCGAGGGGUUUCGAGGUCUCCGUCUCGUCCGCCAACACACGAGUCCUCCCCAUCACCUCCAUGUUGGUCCAACGGUAGGACUACAGAUCCAGUUCCUGGCACAUCGUCCACUCCUCCCUCCUCCUCCACCACCUCUACACCAGUCAUUCAGCAGCACACAUCAGUCAUCCAGUCCACCAAGAAUGUCGUAGGUAGUGGGCCAACUUCCACCUCACCCGUCACCACUGAGGAGCUCAAUCAGCGCAAUGCUCAGGAUCUCCGCGCCACAAGCCCGCCCAGUGCAACAAAUGGAACCACUCCAGUUAUUCAUCCACCAGCACCCUCGGGUUCAUCGUCAUCAUCGGCGUCGUCGUCGUCAUCUAAUUCAUCAUCAAAUAUGCAUGACAGUGAUACAGAGAUGGAAUGUAUGGAAGCAAAUAGUCACCAUUUACAAGAUUUUAACAACAGCCUUGGAGAUACCAGUCACAGUAAUGGAUUUUCUAAUGGCUUUUCCAAAGAUAUUGACAUACAAGAUGAAAAUGAGGAAGCUAUGGAAGUUGAAAACAGUGUCGGGAGCAGAAAAAUGUGUGGGGGCAACCCAGCAGCGAUAGAACGCAUGUUAGCCUUCGGGAGAGAGGUACAACACAUGAGCCAGGUUCUGAGGAGGGAACUAGGCAAGAACGAUCACAAUAAGAAAAUACUACAAGAUGCUUUUAGUCUUCUAGCGUACAACGACCCCUGGAAUAGUCCUGUUGGUUGGCAGUUAGAUCCCUUACAACGAGAACCUGUAUGUCAAUCUUUAAAUUCUGCAAUUUUAGAGUCUCAUCAGCUGCCAAGAAGACCCCCUCUAGAGAUCUGUGUGGCGCACACGAAGCAGCUGAUCAAUUUGAUGUCUCGCUCAGGACUUGGGUCGUGUGCCUUCGCCAGCGUAGAUUCUAUUCUAGGCAGCCAACAGUGACACUUCCUUAAUGGGCCCUUUACUUCUCUCUCAGGGGCCACAAAGCCACUUAUCUCAUGUUUUGGACCGAAUUCCAAAACAUUGUUUGCAGUCUGCUUGGCAAAGUCCAAAUCACAAGCAGUCAGUGAUCUUUUUGAGGGACACACCGAAUCAAAUUACUGAAAAAAUAGCUCGAGUGCAUCCUGUACAAAGUGAGCUCAGUUGACAUCAUGGAAUUCGGGACCGUUUAUCUUGCUCUGGCGUCAGGGAAAUGUUUCAUUAAUCUCAAAUGAAUUGAGAAGGAAUAAUUUCUUCCAGACGCUCAAGGUUUAUUGUACAUAGGUUUAGUUGUUCCCUUGAACUUGGGCCCACCACCACCACGCUCUCUUCAUGAUGAGGCACGCUACAAUGAGCAUUAAAAGCACUUUCUACAAGGUUGGUGAGGUGUAAUGACCAUAAAUUUGAAAACUAAAGCUACAUUUCAGGUCAUAUUGCCAUUAAUACAGCUGUUCUAUAUUUUUAUUGUGGGAGUGUGAAUCAUUUCCUUGACAAAGGAAGCGAUCGAUGUAGAUCUCUUAAAUCAGAAAGUGGAAUGUUAACAUUAUUUUUAAAAAAGAAUUUCACUUUAAUUUAUUCCAGGGAGUUGUGAUGAUGCCAGUGUGUGACAUGCAAUAUUGGUUAUUAUAUGAGUACUGUAUUUAGUUAUGAGCAAGUGGUUGCAAGGGGAGCAUGUGCAUCAUGGUUAGGCCUUUAUUAGUUCUCAUAUUUAUUGUAUUGACUUUUGCAGCAUUUCAUUUUGUUUGGGAAGGCAACUAUGGAAGAGUCUUGAGUUUUAUCAUGACAUUGAAAGUGCAUUAGAAACUACUCUUAAGGCAUCGGGUGAAGACUGUUGAGGCAACCUGGGGUCACUGUCACAUUACUGUGUUAGCAGAUUAAGGUCUGGGGUUAUUGAAAAGCAAAAAUACAAAGCGCCCUCUUCACUGCAUGUGAAAAGCUGCGAAGUGUUGCUAUAGUGUGGCCUUCACAUCAGGGCGGUAGAGACGGUUUAAUUUAAAAAUGGUUUAUUUGUAAUUUUAGGCGAGUUUCAUUAAUGAGGAGUUCAGCCAAGCCUGGAAGCUCUUUAGCUCAUCUCUUGGUCAUGAAGUACACACAAUAUCACUAGUGCAGAAUGUUAUGUAAAACAUCAACAGAUAUUUGCAUGUUUGCAUUAGUGCAUUUAAAUUGGAGCUUAUACUUGAAUUCAUUUUCAUUUUUGACUUUAAAAUGUAAAUGAGAAUCUUUGAAAAGUAUCGCAUAGAAUUUAGGGCUGUUUUAAGUGGAGGAAUUUUUUAUUUGUCCUUUGAUAAUAUGGAUAAGGCUCAAUUUAAGGAGAAAUGGAAGAGUUUGUGGUGUCCACAUUACAAUUAGCAGGUAAUCUUAUACCGGACACAUUGCUUCAUUGGUCAUUGAAUGUGAUAUUGGAGGUUUCUCUUGAUGCAUUGUGUCCUUCACUUCUACAUUAUGGUCACAUCAGUUUAUCUAUAUUAAUUCACAAUGGAGAAUUGUAGUUGUCCUCUCCUAAUGAGGAAUAGACCAGAUUCAUUUGUGACAUGGUACAGUACAUGCAGUACAGUACAGUACAGUGCAGGAGCUGGUCUUUUAUUUUUAUUUUUAUUACAUAGUCUACACAUGCAUCCAAAAUCACAAUCUCUUUCUUGAGGAACGUAGGGGAUUAUAAUUUUUAAGUUAUAGUUUGAGCAGUUAAUAGAUAUUGUAUAUGCUCACAAAUUAUCUGCAGGACUGUAGAGAGUUUUAACUCAAAUAGUAGAUAUUGAUUUUGGUCUUGAGUGAAGGUUUUGUGUUGUGGCGCCUCUCACUCGGUAACUAUAGAAACCAAAAUCCAUCAUAAUGUUGCCAUUCUCUUUGUUGAAAUUGUUUUGAUUAAAAACAUUUUUAUUUUUUUUUGGAUACAUAACUUUAACAUUUGUGUCUCCCCAGGACAAGAAGGUGCUCAUAAUUCUAUUGUUAAUAGAAUACAGCCUCAGACUUGAAAAUAGAAGGUGCAUGAGCUUAAUGACAGUAACGAGGUAUUGAAUCUUAACCUUUCCUCUCGGCUUGAAUUGCAAGUACUGUAGAAAGUAAACACAUGAAGUGGAUUUUGAGGGGAGCAACAGAGUAUGAUAAAGAUUGUACUGUAUUCAGGAUAAUAAAAGAUAAUUCAUGGGUUAUUUUUUUGAGGGAUGAUCUCAGAAAAAAAAUUGCUUGAAUGUAUAUUCUGUACUGUAUUUGUCUGGAGCAAGUUUGGUGAUUUUGUUUUUUAUAUUAUUGUUGUUGCUGUGGAAAGAUGCAUGUCAUAAAAAGAGCAGAUUGUUGGGAACAGAUGCUAGUACUGGUUAAACAUCUUUGUUUAUUGAUGUGGACAUGUGGCUGAAGUAUGUCAAGUAUAGCUGACUAAAUUUAUUGAGGUAAACCAGGUUUCUUAUUAAAUCAUAAAUAUCCAUACCUUCUUGCUCUCACUGCUUGUGAUGGAGAAAGAUUUUUAUUACACCAAUAUUGUUAAGUUUUAGUAGUUUCCUCCCAGUGAAUCACCACCUUUACCUAUCAUCAUUUUUUUUCUUAGAAUGUUUACCGAAUUUUUAAAAUUCACAAAAUAAUUUUUAUCCAAAAUUAGAGCCUUUAUGACAGACUGCAAGCAAAUAAUAGAUACAGAUAUCCAAUAACUAAUUGACAUUGUACCUAAACAAAAACUAUAUACAGAUAACUCACUUAAAAAUGCUAUUGUAAUGUUAAUACAUUUUUUGCAGUAUUUUCAAUAUUGCCGUUACAAAUACAUAGUCUUUGAUAAACAAAUUAUGUAAUAGCAAGAAUUAACUUGAACAAAUACAUGAUAUAAAAAGA